AUACGCAUUUCCCCCUGUCCCUUAAACACAGCUUCAACCCAAGCCUAGAGCAGAAUAGCCAGAUCCCCAACAGCAGGAAACUUGAGGCAGAGAAACGGCGGACUUAGGACCUCGCGGAAGCCAAGUUCUCGAAGCUCCCGCUAGGAGCCGUCGCGCCACGUGGCGUCACACGUCCUCCCGGAAGUGCCGUGAGUGACGCCGGAGGCGUGUCUCCAGGUCCCUCCGCGUGGAGUUACCUGAGAAACGCGGGAGUUUUGGCUGUCGUCGGCGCGGAGAGUGGCUCGUCUUCGGCGGAGUGCCACGAGUCGCGGGCGUCGGAGCGCGGGGCCGAAGAGGCGCCGCCAUGGAGGUGGGGGAGGCCGCUGCCCAGUUGCAGACGCUCAAGUUCAGCGGCACCGGCCUCGGGGUCGGCCCUGGGCCCGCCGCGUCCGCGCCGGCACCGCAGCCGCCUGAGGAGGGCCGGGACAUCGAGCCGGCCGUGGAGGCCCCGCCGCAGCCAGGCCCGAGCACGCACGCAGGUGGGAGCCCCGAGCGGCCGCCGAGAGAGGACUGCGUCACCGGCCCGGGUACCGCGCAGCCGCCGCAGGCCCCGCAGGCCCCGCAGGCCCCGCAGGCCUCGGACUCCUCAGACUCGGACUCGGAUUCAGACAGUGAAACAGAUUCAGAUAGUUCAAGCUCCUCCUCCUCUUCAUCAUCUUCCUCAUCAUCUUCCUCUUCCUCUUGUGUAUCACUUCCUCCUGUGUUGUCAGAUGGAGAAGAUGAUUUACAAAUUGAGAAGGAAAAUAAGAAUUUUCCUCUUAAAACAAAAGAUGAGUUACUUCUUAACGAACUGCCUUCUGUUGAAGAACUCACUAUUAUUCUGCCUGAAGACAUUGAAUUAAAGCCUCUUGGGAUGGUUUCAAGCAUUAUUGAACAAUUAGUAAUAAUUGAGUCUAUGACUAACCUCCCUCCAGUUAAUGAGGAGACUGUCGUUUUCAAAAGUGAUCGACAAGCAGCAGGGAAGGUAUUUGAGAUAUUUGGACCUGUUGCACAUCCAUUUUAUGUGUUACGAUUUAAUUCUUCAGAUCAUAUUGAGAGUAAAGGUAUUAAAAUAAAGGAGACUAUGUACUUUGCCCCAUCAAUGAAAGACUUCACCCAGUAUAUAUUCACAGAAAAACUUAAGGAUAGGGGGUCAGAUGCCUCAUGGAAGAAUGAUCAGGAGCCACCUCCAGAAGCAUUAGAUUUCAGUGAUGAUGAAAAAGAAAAAGAAGCCAAACAAAGGAAAAAAUCUCAGAUUCAGGGCCGGAAAAAACUCAAAUCCGAAUUUAAUGAGACAGGUGAAGAUUUUGGUGAAGUACAUCAGAAUUGGAAUGCAUUUGGCUCUCCUUCAGAACAUUCAAAAGGAUAUCGCAACAGAGAAUUCACAAGAGGCUUUCCCAGGGGUAGAUACCAUCGAGCCAGCCAUGGUAGAGGCAGGUUGCCUCCUCAGCAGUUUUAUAACUCAGAUCCUAUGGCAUCUCAAGAGACUUUGGGAUUUCCACCUCAAAGACAAGACAGUCCUGUCAUGCCACAGUAUCCCUUCCCUCCACCCAUGUUUGAUAUGCAUAACUUUUCACUCCCUCCUCCACCACCUCCACCACCUCCGUCCAUGAGCGUGGGCUGGGCUGCACCUAACAUGGCUUCUCAUCCCUUACUUAAUUUAUCAUACUCCCUGCCCCCACCACCUCCCCCACCUCCUCCUCCACCCUCUCCUGGAGAGAGUAAUUCUUCUCAUUUUGGACCUUAUUAUUAAGUAUAUCCAUGUAUUUCCAGAGAAAUGUGAACUGUUCAGAUUGUUAGUUUUUUAAGGGAAAUUGUAUUAUGGAGCUAGAUUUUUUUUUAAACUGUAAAAUACUAAAUGAGUCAGCUGUAAGUUCAUAUAUAUUUGUAACCUUUGUGAAAUGGUGUUCAUAGGAAAAUUUCAUUUUAAUCUUGGGAAAGAAAUUCAGUUAAUGUAAUAUUUAAGUAAAGCUUUGAAUCAUAUCUUACAUUGCCUCCACCUAGUAAACAUGGUUUAUAAUACACUGAACAUUGGUUGUAGUAUAAUCUUAAAGUAUGAUGUUAAAAGUCCUAUUAAGAGUCUUUAUUAAAAUAAAGUAUUUUUCUAAACUUAA